CUUGAAAACUAGGGUUUUUCUGAAUCGCUAUAUAUAGAAGGAGCCCUCCCCACCCAUUCUUGGGGUUUUCGCCGUGGUUCAUCCAUUGCUCCUGCGAUCUCGUCGCCAUAUGUAGAAGACCUGCAAGAUGCUAUCGUCAAAUCAAGAAUAAGCCGUACCCAAAAUCCCGUUAUUGUCGUGGUGUUCCCGAUCCAAAGAUUAGGAUCUAUGAUGUCGGGAUGAAGAAGAAGGGAGUUGAUGAGUUUCCUUUCUGUGUUCAUUUGGUCAGUUGGGAGAAGGAGAAUGUUUCCAGUGAGGCACUUGAGGCUGCUCGCAUUGCGUGCAACAAAUACAUGACCAAGUUUGCUGGAAAGGAUGCUUUCCAUCUAAGAGUUAGAGUUCAUCCUUUCCAUGUCUUGCGCAUCAAUAAGAUGCUUUCAUGUGCCGGAGCGGAUAGGCUUCAGACUGGAAUGAGAGGUGCUUUUGGAAAGCCUCUAGGAACUUGUGCUAGAGUGAGCAUUGGUCAGGUCCUUCUGUCUGUUCGUUGCAAAGAUAGCAAUGGCAACAGUGCUCAAGAAGCCCUGCGUCGUGCCAAGUUCAAGGGCUUCACCAAAUUUAGCCGCACUGACUACAUGAAGUGGAAGAGUGAGAACAGAAUUGUACCUGAUGGUGUUAAUGCAAAGCUUCUUGGAUGCCAUGGGCCACUGGAGAAACGACAUUCUGGGCAAGCAUUCCUCUCUGCAACAACAGCUGCUUAAAAUCUCACCAUUCGAGAAAACAGAGACUUGAAACACUUAGCUCUUGAUCAAUGUUAGCUUUUUUUAUUUGUUAUUGAUGUCAGGAUUCUAUUCUUGUCUUCUAGUUUUGUCAGUUUGCUCUCUCUGGCUUCAUACUAAAGUUUUUUCCAAGUUGAUAUAGUUUUUGGUUAUGUUCAUCAAGGGGAACUUAAACUAUCCCGGA